AUGAAUAUUAAAGAAAAUGAUAUCACUUAUAGAACAGCUGCUGUUGAACAAUGGCUUCAAGGUAAUCAACAUGAUAAACAUGUACAAUUUUCACAAAAUCUUACUUCAAUUAAUCAAACAAAUAAAUCAAACAAAACAGAUCAUACAAAACGAGCUUCACCUUAUUUUAAUAAUCAAGUUUCUAUUGAUGAAAAUAAUAAACAAAUUGAUAUAUCAAAUGAUAAAUUAUUAAGAAAAUCAAAUUAUUUAUCAAAUAAUAUUUAUAAUCAUCAACCAUUAAUAAAUGAUUCAAGAUUUUAUCGUUCAACAAAUAAUGAUAAUUUAUCUCAAACAACAAUACCAUUAUCAUCAUCAACACCAUUAACACGUUCACGUCAAUCUUCAUUUUCAUCAAAUACUCAUUACGAACAUGAACAUGAACAUCAACAUCAACAUCAACGUGAACGUGAACGUACUUCUUCAAUAGGAUCAUCAAUUGAAUCAUCACCUUCUCACAUAUUAUCAUCAGUUAAUAAAGAUCGUUUAAGUUCGCUUGAAUUGAAUAAAUCAUUAUCAGAAAUCGAUCGAAAAAAAUUCGAUGAUAUUCGUCAAUUAGUUCCUGAUGAAUUUGAAAAUCUUGUUCCAACAUUAAUUAAAUUAGGUGUUAUUAUAAUACCUAAGAAAUUUCUCGAAAUAAAUACGGAAGAUAUGUCUGGAAAAGAUUUAAUGGAACGUCAUAGAUUAAUAUCAUUAAUGAAACAAUAUGAUGAUAAUAUUAAACAUAAUGAAUAUAUUGAAAAUUUAUAUAAAUCAAUAUCAAAUAAUGAUAUUAUUAAUAAUAAUAAAUUAUUAAGAGAAACUCUUUCAUAUAAAGGUCAAUUAGCAUUAAUAUUGACUUAUAAAGAUGAAAUUGAAUGUGAAUUAAAUAAAAAAAUUCCACAUUGGAAAUUAAUAACAAUUGAAAAUAAUCAAACUAAUUUAUCGGAAUAUUCUUAUUCAACAAAUCGAUCUUCUUUUAUUUCAAAUUCAUUUCAAAUAAGAAAAAAAUCUCAUCGAAAUAGUUCAUCUUCAAUUAAAUCAACUAAAGAUUUAUCAUUAAUUAAUAAUAAGAAUUAUUUAUUAACUAUUUCAUUACCUGAUCAUAUUGAUAAACAAUGGUUAAAUAAAUCAAUUGUUCAUUCAAUUGAACAAGCUAUGAUUUUAUUAGAUAAAAUUCGAUCAUUAUCUUCAAAUAAUUUAACAAAUAUAUCAAAUAACGAUUUAUUUAUUCAACAAAAUAUCUUUCACAAAGAUCAAAUUCAGUUUGUUAAAGCAUUUAAACGAUGGACAUUAUUAUCUUCUAUUCUUUAUACAUAA